AUGCUCAGUUGUGUGUACUAUGGGCACAUUGACAAAGAGGGUGCAGAGAGACUACUGGAAAAACAUGGAAAAGAUGGGAGCUUCCUUUUAAGGGACAGCCAAAGCGUGCGCGGGGCUUUUUGCCUUUGCGUCAGGAAAACACCAUUUGUGCACACCUACAGAAUUGAGCACACAUCUCUAGGCUGGGCUGUUGAGACCAUCAACAGAGCGAAACCCCAGUGGUUCCCAUCACUGGAUGAGCUCAUUGAGUGCUACAGAAAACACACACCUGACCACAUGGUUCCUCUUCUGUAUCCCCUGGAGAAAGCAAACCUCUGUGUGGAGGACAGAUCAAACCCAGUGGCAAAACUAUCUUACAUGGAAAUGUGAUGAUCUGACAUGACCCACGGAGAGAGGAAGAGACAAAGGAAGAGAGAGGAACAGAGAGGAAGAGAGAGAUACACAGAGAGAGAUAGAGGCUAUACAUUUUUUUCAUAUAUCUCCAGGAGUCAUGCUUCUAAGAAUAAUUCCACAAAGUGGCAGUAGAAAUAUUUAAAGCUGCCAUGAAAUCUUUUUGACCAAUUUAUAAUUUGUAUAAACAUUUUAAUUCAGCAGCAUAUAUGCAUUUUUUAUUGCAAUUCAAAACAAAGUGUGUUUAAAGAUGUAUAUAUAGGAAUGUAAAU